ACUUGAGAGACAAUGGCGUUGUCCUCUCUUUCCAACGCGCAGUAGAUAAGCUUUUGUAAUAGCUUACACUGAGCCAGACACCAGAUAUCAACUUUCGCGAUCAGUAGCUACUAGCUAUAAGCCUAUUAACGAGAGAGAAACGCUGAGCGUGGAGAAGAUGAAGCUGAAAGUAUAUGCAGAUCGAAUGUCCCAGCCUUCACGGGCAGUUAUCAUCUUUUGCAAGGUAAACGAGAUAGACUUUGAGGAGGUCAGAAUAGACUUAAGCAAGCGUCAGCAGUUUUCUCCUGAAUUCAAAGAAAUAAAUCCUAUGGGAAAAGUGCCAGCUAUAGUUGAUGGAAGAUUCAAACUGUUUGAAAGUCAUGCAAUCCUUAUCUAUCUUGCUUGUGUGUUUCCUGGUGUUGCUGAUCAUUGGUAUCCUGCUGAUCUUUUCAAGAGAGUUAAGAUCCAAUCUGUGUUGGAUUGGCACCACACUAACUUACGCCAGGGAGCAGCUAAAUAUGUAUUGCAUACUACAUUGGCACCUGCAUUUGGCCUACCCUUGAAUCCACAAGCUGCUGCUGAAGCUGAGAAAGUUCUCUCUUCAUCCCUAUCAAAGAUGGAAUCCUUUUGGCUCAAGGGGAGUGGUCGAUUUUUGCUAGGUGGCAAUCAACCAUCUAUAGCAGAUCUAAGCCUUGUCUGUGAAAUAAUGCAGCUGGAGGUUUUGGACGAAAAUGAUCGUAGUCGAAUACUUGCUCCAUAUAAGAAAGUUCAGCAAUGGAUUGAGGAUACAAGACAAGCAACAAGACCUCACUUUGAUGAAGUGCAUAAGAUCCUAUUUAAAGCCAAAGCAAGACUGCAAAAGCAGAGGUCAAUGGCAAAAAGCAGUGAGACUCAAUCAAGCUUGAAAACAACAUUGCCCUCAAAGUUGUAAAAAUUGUUUGACGUUUUUGCCUUCCCAAAGAAAUGUAUCAAGUAUUUCUGGUGUGAACCUGUAUAUGGUCAAGCCAAGAAUAAGGAGACUUACCCAGAGAAUUAGGAAAAUAAUGUAAUUCAUGGUUGCAAUGAGUACAUAUGCUAGUUACAAAUUCCAGCAA